AAACACUCAGUUACCAGCGCCGUUUCUUCGACUGACUGUUGCAGUAGUUUAUAAUUUCAUUAGUGUUUAAGGCUAUUCAACGGGACGGUGAGGAAUCUCAGGUGAUAUUCUGGACAGCUUCCUUGCAGUCUGACUGUCAAACCACAAUGAUCACAAGAAGAAGACGCACUAUGAACAACGCAGCGCUUCAGCCUCUGGAGGUUGAAGUGGUGGAAACUGUCGAAGAUUUCUCAAGUCCAUCUGAGGGUUUCCCAUCUGAUGAUAUGGACACCACUGGACUAGAGCUAGAUGACCUGUUUGGAAUGGAAGACUUAAAAUGGACACUUGAAAGAGAUACUGCCUCCUCGCUCUUUGAUAUUGAGUUGGCUGAUCUUGGUUUGAGUGCUAAAGACCAAGAUUCCGAGAUUGAGGCUUCAACGGCAUCAUCUCCAGAUAGAAUGUCAUCUGACUCGAGGAUGAAGAAGAGGCAAAGCCAGUCAAGCCACAUGAUCAACAAAAACGCUGUUGCUGCCAGAUUGAAUCGUCUCAGGAAGAAAGAAUAUGUCAACAGCUUGGAGAAGAAAGUUGGCAUCGUGUCAACAGAAAACAAUGUACUCCGACAGGAAAAUUCUCAACUGACGAAGAGAGUGGAAGAGUUGGAAGAUGAGACCAGGUACUUGAGGGCUGUGCUGGCCAAUGAGAGCAUGUUAGCCCAGCUCUUGUCCAGGCUGAGCGGUGUGAAUGGGAUGAAAUUAUCUUCCUCGCUUUUCCAGGGGCCUGACUCGAACGACCACGACUACGCCUUGCCCAGAAAGCGUGUGAAAGUGGAGGAGAAAGAGACAGCGGGUGGCGUGUGUCUGCACGUGGACAAGAACCACGUCUCAGUUGAGUUCUGCACCAAGUGUGCAGAGAGUGCAAGCACAUCGCUCAGAAUGUAGGGUCAAGUACUUACCUCUGUUUUCAGAUAUUGAGACUGAACUUGAUAUGGCUCUUUACCGAACUUCUUGAGGGUGGAUGAACACUGUUGAAUUAGUUAAGAUUACCUAAGAACUGCUGAAUGUGCAUGUGUUUCAUUGUGAUGAUGGAUUGAGUACACGUUACUGCUAAACCUUGUUGACAGUUUCUUCUAGGUAGUGGUUGAUGCACCAUGCGGGAUGAGUGGCUUUCUGAACACCUUUACCUCCCUGACUCCAUGGUAAGGAUCAGACAAGAACAGACGUUUUUGUAGUUGUUUUUCACAGGCCUGAGGUGAUGAGCGGAAACCUUAGUACUUCUGUUUUGAUACAGUUCUUCUUCCCAGUUAGUGGAUUUUGAGUACUUAAAUGAUUUAUUUUAUUUACAGUUUGUUGUUGUAGGAAAUUGUUUGAUUGUAAAUCUUAGAGUUAAAUUAACAUAUCCUGAAUACUAAGAUGUUAAGAUAACGGUGAAGCUCCACAAAGAGAGAUCCUGUAUCAGCUGUCAAAUUGGAAAUGCUAAAAAUGACAAGACUGUAAAUAUUUCCUUUUGGUAAGAAUUGAUCUCUUUGUGAACCGGCACCAUUGUACAAAAGAAUGCUUUCAUUUAGCGCCACCUAUUUUUCUUUAUGCUAAAGUGGAUUCUGCUGGUGGAAGGUGAAGAGACUGGACAAGCUGCUGCCAACGUGGCCUGGUAUUUUUUUAAAGGUAGUAUCGGUAACAAAUGGUAUGCGUGAUCAUAUUUUAUUCUCAACAUCUGUAGCUCAUGCAGCAUUUCUGGGAGCUUGACCACAGCUGCUCCAUUACUCAUGAUGUGAUGCCAUCAAAGACUUAAUAGUCUCAUAAUUAUGUCUUGUAUACAUUGACUUGCUGGAAUUAUAUUAAGUAAAUACAUCCAAAAGUAUCUGAUUUAAGUGGUGAAAUUGCCAUCUUUGUGUACCUAAAUGUAAAUGUCUAUAUAAUUUGAAUACAUAUUGUUUGAGGCAAAUGACCUUCAUGUUGGACAAAUAAAUCAUAUUUUCAUUAUGUUUGAGUUACUAAUAUCUACUGUGUCUUGUUCUGUACUGUUGAUAUUAAUGCAUCUCUUUUUCUCUUUCUAAACAGCAAGCUCUCUGCCGAUAAUGGUCUUACUUUUCCUGAACAUUUGGGUCAAGUCUGGUAAAGGUUGUCAAAACAAAUGACCGAGACCUCAUUUGAUGGAAGUACAAAGCAAUGCAGUAUGCGGGGACCCACAGGGAGUACUCGUUCUGCCCAUGAUUUAGCACAUUUAUUUCAAACCAUAGAUGCAUAUAUCAGUCAUUUUUCAAUGCUGUUUUACAUUUGAUAAUAGACGAGUUUCAUUGCAGUCAUUUAAUGUGUCCUAGCGGAAAAGCACAUGUGAAAUUGACAAUGGUGGCUCAGUUCUAGUAAGUGUCCCAGUAAGCUAUUCCAAUGAGCCAGCACAAACAAUACCAGGACCUCCUUCAGUAGAAUGCAGCCAUCAUUAAAGGGAUAGUUCAGAUUUUUUUGAUGUACUUUAUACUGUGUACCUACAGUAGAUGGUGGUUGAAGUCCCCAUUUUGAGGAACCCGGCAGUAGUACCAGCACAGAAGCAAAGCAACGUACUGCUGUUUAGAAUCUUUUCACUGCUUUAGCUUGCUGUCAAACGAACCAGCAACUCCUGUGUUCUGUGAGAUAACAUUACUGUUUCUGUCGGUGGAGUCUUGUGAGUUAAAGAGAGCACAGAUGGACAUAACGGCUUCAGUGCCUUACUAGACAGGAGGAUUUUGACAGCAAGGUAUAGCAGGAAAAUGUUCUAAAUAUAAUGUACACGUACACUGUUUUUUUUAGGUGUCUAAAAUACAUCACAGCAGUACAUUGCUCCUCUCUGUUUCUCCAAACUCCAUCUACUGUAGUAACACCGAGUAUGAAGAAGUAGCUCAUACAGCCACACUUCUAAACAUCUGAACUAUCACUUUAAUAUUAUUAAAUACACCUGCACCGUUUCUACCACGACAAGUCAAAAAUAUCGACUGAAAAAAGGCUAGUAUAAUUAAUAUCUGAUGGGGGGGCUUUCAUGAGCUGGAUCAGUCUGCUUAAGCUGCGUCAUGCGUGGAAAGCCUUGAUGGUGUGUGUUUCCGGUCCUGUAGGGAACCUGAGCCCCUUGGAGCAGACUGAGUGAGUUUGCUAGUCAUGUUAGUAAGCAUCCAAGGUGAGCGACACGCUCAAGUCUGCGAAGCCAUGAAGCCCCGCCCCCUGCUGCUACACAGAGCGUUGUUCACUUGUUUAUUCAAAGUUUAUCAAUUUUGAACAUUUCACGUGACCAAAUUUGACUCCCUUGGGUCCCCAGCAAAACACCCACCAAGUGUGAGGUAGAUGAGAUGAGCAGUUCUCGAGUUACAGAUCGAUUCCUCACUUUGUAGUUGGACAGUUGAGAGCAUGUACUGUUCUAAAGUCUCCCAGGGUGGUGCUUUAGUCCAGCUAUGAAUGAACAGUUCUGCAUUUUGGGGAAAAGGCUUAUUUGCUUCCAUGUUGACAGAUGGUCAGAUCUAUACCACUCUCGUGUCUAUGUUAGAAUGAGGCUACAGCCAGUUAGCUGAGUUUAGCAUGAAGACUGAGUGAGGAUCCCUACCAGCACCUUUUAAAGCUCACUAACACAUUAUCCUGUUUGUUGGGUUCAUGGAGACACAGAGAUGUAAAACCAGCAAAUUGUGGCAACCAGGAGAGACUGAAAAGUUACUGCAUGCAGACAAGACGUAAUUGUGCACAUAACUCCUCACACCACCAUAAAUUAACAAUUUCUUUUUUAGUUUUUGUACAAAUUAGACAAUAAGAUGUAAAAUGAGUGAAUUAGUUGCUGGUAGUCUGAUUUUGUUAGCUUAGUACAAAGCCUGGCUAGCUGUUUCCAUUAUUUUUGCUAAACUUAAGGUUAGGAACUCUCAGCAAGAAAUCAAAUAAGUCUAAUGACCAUUAACAGCUGAACGAGAACCAUGAAUUUGCUUGUGUCAAAGGGAAAUUAUCAUUUUACUUACGUGCUCAUUUCAUCGUCGUAGAUUUGCGGUAACAAUGCAUAUUUUUGGAGAUCGAUAAGCUUGUCAAAAAGCUGAAUCUUUAAAGCAAACUAAUAGUAACACUGAUGCUUUUAGUCCCCCUGUUAAUCAUUCUAUAAUGAGGUAUAACACAUUAGGAUGUAGGACAUUUAAAAUGUGCAUUAAUGUCCAGCAUUUGUCAAGUAUGACUUCUAUGAAGACAUUUGACUAUGUUGUCAUUAUCUGUUUAUAGAGCAGCCUUAUCUUAUGUGGGCUGUAAGGAGGAGCUUUAGUUGACAAAUGUAUUAAUAUACACAUCUGCCAUCAAAUGCAUGAGUGUAAUAAACCAUUUAUUAGGUUAUUUUUUACAGAUUGUAAAUGUCAAAUGGUGAGUAAAGUGUUGCGGUAAUACUGGUAGAAAGUUAAAUACUGUAGUUGUAAAUGUGCACAUGCAAUCAAGACAACGGAUUGAUGCAUCUUGUUUUAUAAAUAUAUCAGACAGGAGAUGUUGACAUCCCUCUGCAGUUGGACAAGCACAACGCUUCUUUCUCAGAUUCCAUCUUUUCCCUGCUCCUGAUAAACGAGAGCAGAGCCAACAUGUCUGCAAUCUCCUGGAACCCCACAACACAGCAGUCUGCUUUCGUAUUAAAGCACAGCAUGCCGCUCGCAACCCUGUGACUCAUUGACUUCAUUAAAGAAGAGUUUAGGUGUCUGCAAGUGGAGAACAGAACUAAAUACAUUUAAAAACAACCUGUGUUAUGGCAAGCUGACACUCCUAGGUGUCAGACUUGGAGUACGUGGGCUAAAACCUGCCCAAACAGUUUUACUGCUUCACUUUUCUGUCAGACAAACUGAAGCUGUUAUCUAUGCUGGCUGAAGCUGCAGGACUCCUCUGACAAACACUUUGGUGUUUUAAAGAGUUCAGACUGACCAAAGUCACACAACCACACUAACUAACCGAUGGAGGCCGCAGUAGACCACCUGUGAGGUGAAAUGUCAAAGGAGUCUUGUGGCUUUAAAGAGAACAUGGAUAACUGACCGCAAGGUAACGUGUUGAAAAGAUUCGAAAUAUAGCGUACACUUAGUAGUUUAUGUGUUAGAGCAAGAUACAAUGUACACAGAUGAACUGAAAAGAGAAGAGGGUGACACAAGAGAACCCUCAGUGAUUCCAAACUAUGACGGUAGUGCAGAGGAAGUGAUUCACAUAGAAGUGUGUUUAGAAGUGAUUUCCUCAUGCAGUAUGUUCCAAAGUACCGGCGCCCUAAGUGAGAAAGCACAGUCCCCUUUAGUUUGGAACCUGACCCGUUGGAAAAACCAAAUGGACCCAGUCUGAAGAGCUCUGGCUCACCUCGGAGUCAAACGGUUUGCAUUAUAUAGUAGUUAGGUGCUAACCCUUCCUGUAAACAGUCAACUCUUUCAAUUCAAUCUCUUUAGAAUUGAAAAACCCUAAUGGAACUGAAAUAUGUUUGUUUGUGGCCUAAAAAUGUUUAAGAAAAAUGUGAUGUUGCUUGUAAAGGACAGGCAUCACUCCUACUGAUGGUGUUUAUUUGAUCACAUAAACAUACCCAGGGUUAUUAGUUCCACUUGUGCUUUUCCUGGUAUGACAAGUCGAGAUCCUCAUCCAAGCCUCCAUUCAUUCAUCCUCUUAUCUCAAAGGGAGAUGACUAGACUGAAUCAAAUCAGCUAC